AUGGAUCCCGCGAAACUUGCGAAGUUGCAGGCCUCUGUUCGUAUUGGAAAGGGAACUCCACGAAGGAAAGUUAAGAAGGUUCACAAGAGCGCUGGAACUGAUGACAAGAAGCUUCAAACUGCUCUCAAGAAGCUCAGUGUUCAGCCUAUUCAGGCCAUUGAGGAGGUGAACAUGUUCAAGGAGGACGGAAAUGUCAUUCACUUCGCCGCCCCCAAAGUACAUGCCGCCGUUCCCGCGAACACUUUCGCGAUCUACGGUCGCGGGGAGGACAAGGAGCUCACCGAGCUUGUCCCCGGCAUUCUCAACCAGUUGGGCCCUGACUCCCUUGCAUCAUUGAGGAAGCUUGCGGAAAGCUACCAAUCUCUUCAGAAGAAGGAGGGCGAGGAAGCCGGUGACAAGAACGAGGAUUCGGACGACGACGAUAUCCCAGAGCUCGUCCAAGGCACCGAUUUUGAGAGCAAGCCUGAUGCAAGCAAGUCCGAGGAGAAGGCUGAGGAGAAGGCUGAGGAGAAGGCUGAGGAGAAGGCUGAGGAGAAGGCUGAGGAGAAGGCUGAUGAGAAGGCUGAGGAGAAGGUAGAAGCUUAA